AUGAAGCAUGGCCCCUGGCAUGCCAUCCCAAUCAGCAAUCUGCCAGGAUGGUACUGCAAAAGGCAUUUGGAUCCUCCUGACGCCAUCGAAACAGCUGCAAGACUUCAUUUUGAAGGCCUUAACAAGAAGGUCUUCGCCCCAUGCCUUGGCCAUCUCCAGUCUACUUCAGAUCCUGAUGCGCCCCAUGGAAAAGUGCUGACCGAGCUCUUCGCUCUGGCGGAUUGCCACGAGGAGGAAAAGUCGGUAGUGUUUGGCCUGGUUUAUGCAAUGCUUUCCAUCAACUGGGACCGAAAGUCAACACCAGGCUACUAUGACUAUUUGAAUCUAAUGCGGGUGCUGGACAACUCUGACAUUGUCGUGCGUGCCUUGACCUCAAUCUCUGGUCGCAUCAGCGAUGUGCAGAGUGCAGUGAGGGAGCGGCUGCUGUUGCUCUUUGGCGACAUGGUUUAUGCAAAUUGGCCAAAGGCUGAAUCAAUCUUGUUGGCUUUGCAGAGGGCAGCAGCUCCAGGAAAUCUUUGGCCUGGCGCAGCAGAGCUUAUUGGCAGUUUGCUGAGCUGCUUGGUUGCCAAUACAAGUUGGAUCUUGACGAAGGACAUGGCCUUCAGGAAGACAGUUCUGUGGCUUCUCCGCUGGACCGCCUUCAUGGAGCUGACGACCGGCUCUGCCGAUGUGAAGACUCAUGACCUCCGCGACAAACUUGACGAGGCCACCACCAAGCUUUUGGCAAGCAAAGAGAUGCUUCGCGCGCAGGGGGAAGCCUUGGGCUGGGCACUUUUGGCUUCGCGAGUGCCCACGUGGGAAUCUUUCAGGUGUGGUCUGGGCAGAGAAGACCUUUGCCAGGCUGCAGAGGCGCAGCGUUGA